ACUCCUCAGAGCGGCGUUAUCAUUGUGAGAAGAGGGGGGGAAUGUUUUUGCGGCAAUGUUCCACCUUCAGCGUAGUUUCCUCCUCCUCCUCGUGCUGGUGUCCCUGAAACUCGAGAACUUUUGCGCGCUCUCGCGAUAUUUCCCCGUUCUCACGCACAGCCAAUAGGCGAGCGCGUUUCUUGGUGACGUCACAAAUCGCGCACGAGCGGAAGUAAACAGUUUGUUUACGAAAUAAAAGGAAUGAAGCUGUUGGCGAGGACUGUGCGGUGUGCUUUGAAGCAGAGAGAGCCGGACCGCAGACACUUCUGGGCCUGGCUCAAUGCUGUUUUCAACAAGGUGGACUACGAGCGAAUCAAAGCCGUGGGCCCAGACCGAGCGGCGGCCGAGUGGUUGCUUCGAUGCGGCGCCAAGGUGCGCUUCCAAGGCUUCGAGCGCUGGCAUCAAGACUACAACGCUCUGCCCAACGGAGCCCAGGACAGAUACAAGAUCCGCUCUAUUGACGCCAGCGAGUCCUGCAUCAUGUACAGAGGCCUGGACCACCUGGAGGGGUUGCGGCACGUGGAGGAGAUGAAGUUGAACAAGUGUUUGUACGUCGAAGACGCGUGUCUGGAGAGACUGAGCUCGCUGGACGGCCUGCAGGAGAGUCUGACCACCAUGGAGGUGGUGGCCUGUGGGAACGUGACGGACAGAGGCCUUGUGGCGCUGCACAAACUCAGGAAUCUGGAGUAUCUGCUCCUCAGCGACCUGCCCGGCCUGAAAGAUAAAGAAACCACAGCAAGCCGGCUCAAGACGGCGCUGCCGCGUCUGGACUUGCACCUGGACUGAAAACAAGAGAAGUGCUUCCUCAAAUGUAGAAUUGAAAUCUGCCCUUUUAUUUUGUUGACACCAUUUUAUUCAUCAACAAUCGUCACGUUAUUUACUGGCUGCGUUUUUGUUUUGUUUUAUUUAAAUGAAUUUGGCGUUUGUAAACAUCCGUAGCACCAACGCCGUCAUCAUUCAUGUCAAUAAAUAUUUGCAGUCGUA